GAUGGCCUCUCGCUGGCCCAGUGUGAGCACGUCCGUGCGCAGGAGAUCUCUCAGGGACCAGGAGCAGCUGGAGGAGAACGAGGUGCUGCAGCCUGCACCUGGCCACCUGGAGACCUCCAGCAGAGCCCUGGGCUCCCUCUGUAGACAGUUCCAAAGGAGGUUGCCCCUGAGAGCAGUCAGCCUCAACCUAGGGGCGGGCCCCUCCUGGAAACGCCUAGAAGCCCCAGAGCCAGGGCAGCAGGGCCUCCAGGCUGCGGCUCGCUCAGCUAAGAACGCCUUGGGUGCUGUGUCCCAGAGAAUCCAGGAGUCCUGCCAGACUGGCACCAAGUGGCUGGUGGAAACCCAGGUGAAAGCCAGGAGAAGCAGGAGAGAGACGCCGAAGGACAGCAGCCCCCACGCUCGCAGCCUGAGCCAGAGGAGCACCCGCUUCUCUGGAACCACCCCUGCCCGCUCAACUCCGGGCCCCUGGGAGAGGGAGCGGCACCGCCUCUCCACCCAGAGGGGCCCGCGUGCCCACCCGCUGCGGAGGUCCAGGAGGGAGGCCGCCUUCCGGAGCCCCUACUCCUCCACGGAGCCCCUCUGCUCCCCCAGUGAAUCUGACAGUGACCUGGAGCCUGUGGGGGCGGGAAUCCAGCAUCUCCAGAAGCUGUCCCAGGAGCUGGAUGAGGCCAUUAUGGCUGAAGAGAGGGGUGACAUGACCGUUUCUCUCAUUCGUGACUGAGGACAGUGCCCUUCAGGUAAUG